AAUCUGCAGAACGUUCCGAGUACCCUCUGGCUUGCGUUCACUUACAAGUUCCUAGCAUGUUCGCCAAGUUGUCCUUUACGCUCUGUCUGCUCGCGUCUCUGUCUUCUUUGGGUGUUCUUGCUGAACCCAUCGUAAUCCGGGACAGACGGGUCUCACUACCCACUGUAAAACGCGUGAAUACGACUGGUAUCGCUAACGUGCUCAAAAUUGAUCAAUCGAGAGCCAAGAGUCUGAGGAACAGAGUUCAAAAUCCUGGCCUGCGUGCCCGAGCGUCAUCAGGGUCGGUUCCGAUCACCAGCUACGCUACUCAGUACCUGGUCAAUGUGACUAUCGGAGACCCACCUAUGCCAUUCCGUCUUCAGGUCGAUACUGGGAGCGCAAACACUUGGUUUGGCGCUGCCAAAAUCAUCAGAGCUCCCACUAGCGCAAAAGACACCGGUCAGAGUUUGGAUGUGGAAUACGGUGAUGCCGUCAUGCUGGGCGAGGAGUGGGUCGACCAGAUCACUCUGACGCCAGGUCUCACCAUUCACAACCAAUCUAUGGGACUUGCGCUCGCCGCAGUCGGCUUUGCUGGAGAGAUUGACGGUAUCCUUGGUAUUGGUCCAGAGGUUUUGACUUAUUCCACCCUGUUCCCAAACCAAACCAGCUUCAUCCCGACAGUUACCGACAACGCAUUCGCACAAGGUCUGAUUAAUGAACACAGUGUUGGCAUCUUUUUCGCACCUACAGCGAGUAUCGAUGGCGUCACCAAUGGCGAAGUCUCUUUCGGCGGUGCAGACGACACUAAAUUUACUGGCGAUUUGAACUACAUGCCCAUUACCACGACGUAUCCCUCGAGUCGGUAUGUCGGUCUCAAUCAGACGAUCACCUAUGGAGCGUCCAAGCUUCCCAUAUUGUCCAACAACGCUGGUAUCACUGACACCGGUACCACGCUCCUUCUCAUUGCUACCGAUGCGUUCCAAGCAUAUCAGGCUGCUACCGGAUCCGAGCCGGAUCCUGACAUUGCUCUUCUCCGCUUAACUCCGGCGCAGUUUGCUAACCUCGAGAGUCUGUUCUUCACUAUUGGGACGGAGACUUACGAGCUCACGCCGAAUGCCCAAAUUUGGCCCCGUGCAUUGAACUCUGCCAUCGGCGGAAGCGACGACUUCGUCUACCUCAUGAUCAAUGACAUUGGAACGCCGUCAGGGUAUGGCUUCGACUUCAUUGACGGAAUGACGUUCUUGGAGCGUUUCUAUACUGUCUAUGAUGCUGCUCAGAACCGGUUCGGCAUUGCCAACACCGAGUUCACAUACGCUCAGGUUGCGUAGAGGUACGAUGUAUAUUUGACUCCGAAAGUAUCUUAGACAUAUUUCCGAACACAUGUUUGUGUUCGGGUUGCUCUCGUGAUUGAUCGCGAUGGAUGACAUGAAGGAUCAUCUACUUCUAGUUUACCAUUCUCAUGUCCGGACAACAAUGCCACAACGACACGAAAAUCGUUACACAUUUAUAUUCGGUCUC